GGAAGUGUGUGUAGCCGCAGCGUGGAUAUGUCGGACCCGGCUACACAGGCCUUACAGCCCCGGCUUCAAGCCCAGGCGAGUGGCUCGGCGGAGACCGGGGCUUCCACUGCAGGCCCCGGGACAGCCAGCAGCGACCCGGUUAGACCCGGACUUAGCCAGCAGCAGCGCGCGAGCCAGAAGAAAGCCCAAGUCCGGGCUUUCCCACGAGCUAAAAAGCUGGAGAAACUUGGCGUAUUCUCCGCGUGCAAGGCCAGUGAUACAUGCAAGUGCAAUGGAUGGAAAAACCCGAAUCCUCCCUCUGCUACACGGAUGGACCUGCAGCAGCAAGCAGCCAGCCUGAGCGAGCCCUGCCGCAGCUGUGGACAUGCACUGGCUGAUCACGUGUCCCAUCUAGAGAACGUGUCUGAGGAUGAGAUCAACAGGCUGCUGGGAAUGGUGGUUGACGUGGAGAAUCUUUUCAUGUCUGUACACAAAGAGGAGGACACUGAUACCAAACAAGUGUACUUCUACCUUUUCAAACUCCUGAGGAAAUGCAUCCUCCAGAUGAGUCAGCCUGUAGUAGAGGGAUCCCUCGGAAGCCCACCUUUUGAAAGGCCCAACAUUGAGCAGGGCGUUUUGAAUUUUGUACAGUAUAAGUUCAGUCACCUUGCACCAAAGGAGAGACAGACUAUGUUUGAACUGUCAAAGAUGUUUCUUAUAUGUCUGAAUUACUGGAAACUUGAGACACCAACACAGUAUCGUCAGCGUACCCAGAAAGACGAUGCAACGGCGUACAAGCUGGACUACACCAGGUGGUUGUGCUACUGCCACGUCCCACAAAGUAACGACAGCCUGCCGCGCUAUGAGACGACGCAGGUGUUUGGCAGAAACCUCCUUAAAUCCAUUUUCACCGUUACUCGCCGGCAACUCCUGGAGAAGUUCAGAGUGGAGAAGGACAAACUGCUGCCAGAGAAACGCACACUUAUCCUCACGCACUUUCCUAAGUUCCUGUCGAUGCUGGAAGAAGAAAUCUACGGUGAAAAUUCCCCCAUAUGGGAGGCGGACUUCACCAUGCCCGCCUCAGACAGCGCGCAGAUCGGACAUCAGACAGCGUCUCCUGCCUCUGGGUCUCCUGCACUGUCCAAAUGUUUGAACAGCACCUCCUCUCUGGUCAGCUCUGACACGGGGGGCAUAGAGCCCAUCACAGGAGACAAGCGCAAACUCCCAGAAGCGUUGACGCUGGAAGAUGCCAAGAGGAUCCGAGUGAUGGGGGACAUUCCUAUGGAGCUGGUGAAUGAAGUCAUGAUGACCAUCACUGAUCCUGCUGCUAUGCUCGGACCAGAGACUAAUUUGCUGACACCUAAUGCUGCCCGUGACGAGACCGCCAGGCUGGAGGAGAGACGAGGCAUCAUAGAGUUCCACGUCAUCGGAAACUCCCUUUCCCAAAAGUCCAACAAAAAGAUCCUGAUGUGGCUGGUGGGCCUGCAGAACGUAUUUUCCCAUCAGUUACCUCGCAUGCCCAAAGAGUACAUCUCACGUCUUGUGUUUGACCCGAAGCACAAAACCUUAGCUCUCAUUAAAGAUGGCCGCGUCAUCGGAGGCAUCUGUUUUCGGAUGUUUCCCACUCAGGGCUUCACAGAGAUCGUCUUCUGUGCUGUCACAUCCAACGAACAAGUCAAGGGCUAUGGCACCCACCUGAUGAACCACCUGAAGGAGUACCACAUUAAACACAACAUCCUUUACUUCCUCACCUAUGCUGAUGAGUAUGCCAUUGGCUACUUCAAAAAGCAGGGGUUUUCCAAAGACAUUAAAGUGCCCAAAAGUCGAUACCUGGGGUAUAUCAAAGACUACGAAGGAGCAACCCUGAUGGAGUGUGAGCUAAACCCCAGGAUCCCUUACACAGAGCUGUCUCACAUCAUUAAAAGGCAGAAGGAGAUCAUAAAGAAGCUGAUUGAGAGAAAACAGAGUCAGAUCAGAAAGGUUUACCCAGGCCUCACCUGCUUCAAAGAGGGGGUGCGACAGAUUCCAGUGGAAAGCAUCCCGGGGAUAAGAGAAACAGGAUGGAAACCCACAAACAAAGACAAAGGGAAAGAGGUGAAGGACCCGGAUGUGCUAUACAAUAUGCUGAAGAACCUCCUGGCACAAAUAAAGACUCAUCCUGAUGCUUGGCCCUUCAUGGAACCAGUGAAGAAAUCGGAAGCUCCUGAUUACUACGAAGUCAUCCGCUUUCCUAUUGACCUGAAGACUAUGACAGAGAAGCUCAAGAACAGAUACUAUGUAACUAAGAAACUCUUUAUUGCGGACCUUCAGCGAAUCAUCAGCAACUGUCGCGAGUACAACCCCCCAGACAGCGAGUACUGCAAGUGUGCCAACACCCUGGAGAAGUUCUUUUACUUCAAAUUAAAAGAUGGAGGCCUGAUAGAGAAAUGAGCUACAGCACAAGUGGAAAAAUCUUAGCAGAUAUUGUCUAAUCUGGGUUAAGGAAAAUAUGAAUUCAUUUUGCAGGGGAGCUGUGGGACUUGAGCUAUGAAAGACAUCAAAGUCAUUAAUGGUCUCUAAACAACUUUACGUCAUUUUCUGACAAGUCACUGGGAGAAAAAUCUUAAUUAAUUCAUGCCUCACUGAGCGUACCAAAGGUUUACAGGUCCAAGAUUUAAAAUGGCUUCUGCUCUUGCUGUUUUUACUGGUUCAUAUUUAUUGUCGUUGAUGGUCUAACUGCAUAAAACGAGUCGCAACUGUUCAUGUUAGAAAACUGGACUUGGGACCUAAAGCCAUGUUGCCUUCUGUUACUGAAAGACACUUGAACAUCCCAGCCACUUUCACGGGUGUGAAAAUAGACUUUCUCAGAGGGUUUGUUUGCUCAAAAUCCACUUAAAUCGGUCAUUAUUAAUGAAAAAAAAUAUAUAAUGUCAGUACUUGUUUAUGAAGUAAAGUUUUUUUUUUCUUUUUUUAAUGAUACUGGUGAUCAUUUUGCUUUUGAUUAAAGAGGAGGCAUUUUUAAUGCAUUGUUUACUUAAGAGAAAUGAAUCAUCUUAUGAAGAGAAAGGACACAUUUGGCCGCACUUCCAAACUUGUCUAAGCAUUAGAUCAAUAUUUCCUGUGCCAAACCAAGCAAAUUUCAGACAGCAUAUGUUUUAUUGAUCACAUCACGCACUUUUAUCAAAUAAACUCUUUAAGUACUGAUCCAUUAGGAAUGUUUUUGUACCAGAUAUUUCACUACAAGGUCUAAUUGGGCUUAGCUUUAAAAGUGCCUGUUCUGUUUAGCAGGAGGCACCAACUCAGUUUUUUUUUUCUUCCUGUCAGUUAUCACAGACAUGCUAAAAAAAUGUCUUUGUUUGUUCCAAGUUUGUUGGAUAAUUGAUAUGAAGGCACAAACAUAGCAAGGAAGAGCUUUCCAGUAAGAUUAGUUGUCAUUCAGGCUUCAGGAAAGGUGUUUAUUUUUCAAAUCCUAAUGACUGCACCCAACUCAGAGUAGAUGUUAGAGGAUUACAGUUUACAUUAUUCCUUCGGAAACAAAAAACCCACAUUGUUUUUGCUGUUUGUUUCCUUUUUACUCUGUAUUGGUCUGUGUCAAGGUGCUUCCUGAGAUGCUUCCAGUUUUUCAGGGGCCUAAAUGUCAAAUGCUGACUGAUUAAUCUUGUUGAAUGUUUCAUUGACACUGUAUGUGGAAUCUUUUAUUUUUUACUCAAAUGAACUGAGAGCUUUGUUUAAGUGAUGUCAGUACCGCUUUCUUCAGGGUUUUCAAUGACAUGUUUCACCUUAGAUCCACCAAUGCUGCAUUUCAAUCUUUCAGAAAAAGCUUCGAUGGGAGUGAAGCAGUCGGCUGUUGAGUUACCAUUUACUGUAAAACUGUUCACAAUAAAUACCUUUCUUUAUAUAAUAUAUAUACAUGGCUCAACAAAUAAAGGGAACACGUAAAAAACAAA